UAGAACGUUCCGUUUUAAUUAAAUCGGUGCCGUUUCAGAUCCGCACCCGCCACACCUUUGCUCUGAUUUCGCAGAUCAAGCUUCUGUUUGUGGGAAUGGGGGAGGCGAUUUGUGGUGAAUAUUAGUUGGAAAUUGGAGUUUCAGUUUCCAAUUUGAGUUUCUUCAGCAAGUAAUGUUGAUUCAUUUUUCGGAUUGAAUCGAUAUCUUGAACUUGUAUCCCCUCUGAGGAACGUGAUUUCUCCAUUUGCUCUGUCACUCAAAUCCAACCAAAUGCUCCAAUUCUCAUAGGCGAGACCUGUUCCUUCCAUCAUUUAAUUUCGAUUUUCGAUCUCUGAACCAAAGCUAUUUGUGCUUUACAAAUGGCUUUGGCCGAUGUCGCCAAAGCAUGCCUUGAUUCCUUUAACCAAAUAUCAGAAAAUAUUGAAGGUGCCAUUCUUUACCUGGAUUCUGGAUGCACAGAGAGUUUCCAAUAUGCUGGAGUCUUUUCUAAGUUAUUAGACCUUGGAGUUCGAGCUGUUUGUAGCCUUGAAAACCUGUGUUCCCUUGAUGUGGUAGUUAAUUGGAGUGCAAAUUCUGAUCCUGCAACCAAAAUUGUUGUUAUUACAUCCCGUCUGCUCAGUGAUGCACAUCGGUAUAUCUUACGUUGUCUAAGCACACAUCAAUAUGUUCAACAUUUUACAGUAUACACAUCCAUCUCAGAGAUAGCUCAUUCAGCAUAUCCUGAUUCACCUCUGGGACCUGAUGCAUUCCGUGAAUAUGAAUCCUUGCUUCUUCAAGAUUAUGAGGAACUUAUUAAGAAAAGCGGAACAAAAUCUGGACUCUCAAAAGAUAGUGACUUCCAAGAAAAUACAAACUUUGAAGAUGAAGGGUGGUCACAUCUCACAUCCAGUGAGGAGGAAGCCCCUCACCUUGGAGCAGCUUCAGGAGCCAAAAUUUUUUCUGGAGAUGACGAGUAUCUGGAAGAUGCAGGGCACAAGUUGGUUGUUUCAGUGCAUCACUUCCCCAUGAUUUUUUGUCCCUUAUCACCUAGAGUCUUUGUCUUGCCUUCAGAGGGUUCAGUUGCUGAGGCAUGCUUAUCAAUGGACCACGAGGAUUCAAUUAGUCAGGGGUUGCCUUCCAUAAGUUCUGGAGUGCCUCCUUAUGGCGACGAUGUCCCACCUGGCGCACUUCUCACAGCACAUUUUCUUUACCAUCUAGCUGCAAAGAUGGACCUGAAAAUGGAAAUAUAUUCCCUUGGGGAUCUAUCAAAAACUGUUGGAAAGAUUAUGACAGACAUGUCAAGUCUUUAUGAUGUAGGCCGCCGUAAACGUUCUGCUGGGCUUUUACUCAUUGAUCGGACACUUGAUCUCCUUACUCCAUGCUGUCAUGGUGAUUCACUGAUUGAUCGCAUGUUUUCAUCACUGCCCCGAAGAGAAAGAACAACAUCUUAUUCCCAUGUGAAAGGCUCACAAACCCAAGUCAAACUUGGUCCUUCUAACGUAGAGCGUACUCCUCUUAAUGUUGAGAUACCACUUGCCAACAUAUUAAGAGAAGGAGCUUCUGAAAUAAAUAAUUCUCAACUUUUAGAAAGGAUUGCAGCUUUUCUAGCAGGGUGGGAUGACAAUAACUCUGCUCAUCAAAGUGUAAACUUGGUUAACCUUUGCAAUAAAGGUCAGGAUGAGAAGUCCCCUCUCUCUGAGAUUCAGCUGCUUAAUGGGUCCUUUGUUUCUAUUGAAACUUUUCGUGGAACACCUUAUAUGGAAGCUAUAUUUGACAGAAGAACAAAAGAUGGAUCAUUACUGGUAAGGAAGUGGCUUCAAGAAACUUUGCGCCGGGAAAACAUUACUAUUAAUGUGAAAACUCGUCCUGGUUUUGCUACAAAAUCAGAGAUGAAUCCCAUGAUUGAAGCAUUAGCGAGAAGCCAAUCAUCAUUAAUCAGAAACAAAGGAAUUAUUCAGCUAGCAGCAGCUGUACUAGUUGCCCUUGAUGAAUCACAUUGUGCCAGAUGGGAUGCAUUCAUUAGUGCUGAAAAAAUAUUGAGCGCAAGUGCUGGAGAUACAAGCCAGAGUCUUGCGGCUCAAAUUGGCGACCUUAUCCAUAAGAGUACAGUGUUGGCAGCCAGUGGACAGAAAAGCUUGCAAGCAUUACUUUCAUUUCAAGAUGCUCUGUUCCUUAUGAUUGUCGGAUAUAUUUUAGCUGGUGAGAAUUUCCCUACUUCUGGUUCUGGUGGUCCUUUUUCUUGGGAAGAGGAGCAUUUUCUGAAAGAAGCUGUUCUGGAUGCAAUCCUUGAAAAUGCGACAGCAUCAAAGCUCAAGUUUCUGCACGGUCUAACAGAAGAACUUGAGGCCAACCACAACAGGAAAAAAUUGCAAGAAACUAAAGAAACAUCACCAGAUAAGUUAGAUAUUGAUGAUUUUGAUGAUGAUCAGUGGGGCAAAUGGGGUGAUGAAGAAGAAGAAGAUAAUAAGAACAUAAAGGAACAACAAUAUGAUGACAUGCAGCUGAGGCUGGAGUUGCGUGAUAGGGUGGAUAGCCUUUUCAAAUAUCUUCACAAGUUAUCUUCUCUGAAAAGGAGGAACGUACCAUUAAGAGAAGGCACAUUCUAUUUGGAAAACAACUUAAGUGGUGAUCCUGAUUCAAAUAAAGGCUUACUCUAUAAGAUCCUAAGAAGUGUCUUGAGCAAAAAUGAAGUACCUGGGUUGGAGUACCAUUCCUCUACUGUGGGGCGACUUUUUAAAAGUGGCUUCGGAAGAUUUGGUCUCGGACAGGCAAAACCAAGUCUUGCAGACCAAAAUGUAAUAUUGGUUUUUGUCGUUGGAGGCAUCAAUGGCACUGAGGUACGGGAAGCUUGGGAGGCAAUAUCUGAAAGCGGAAGGCCUGACUUGGAAUUGAUGGUUGGGGGAACAACACUUUUAACUCCUGACAACAUGUUUGAUUUAUUGAUGGGGCAGUAUAGUUACUUGUGAUGAUGUAUGAGUGGAAAAUAAGGGCAAAAAAAAAAAGAAAAAGAAAAGAAAUAAAAUUCAUUAACAUUAUCAUUUCUUUCAUAUAAAGAACUUUUUUCCUCUUUUCUUUUUGAA